AUGGCGAAACUUUCCAACAAGGAAAUUGAGCAGAUUCUACUAGAGCUCAAUGACAGUGAGCUUUCAGAGCUAUCAGACAGUGAAGAGACUGGACCUGAAACUGCUGGAGAUACAGCAGAUACGAGAAAUGAAGCAGCACAAUGGGAGUGCCGCACCUCACAAAAUGAAAGAGAUACUCUAGAACCCGAAAAAGAAGUUUCACAAGCAGAAAAUGAACAGCCGCAAGAUAACUUCAAAUGGAAAAAAAUGCCUUCCACAUGCCUUGGCACUACUGUCAGUGGUCCAGAUAUUACAGCUGAUGAAGAAGGAGUCGGAAGCAGAUGCGGCGUCCUGAGAGGCAACGGCACAACACGGGCGGACGAGAUCGCCAUUGUAGCUGCCCACAACGAACUCCGUAACAGGGUGGCCUCUGGUGCAGAGGGCCGCGGCAGUCCUGGACCCCAGCCGUCGGCAUCCAACAUGAACGCUCUGGUGUGGGACAGUGAGUUGGCGCGUGUAGCUCAGCGGUGGGCCGAGCAAUGCCGCUUCGGCCACGAUUCGUGCAGGGAUGUGGCACGGUUUAGCGUCGGACAGAACGUCUUCCAGUUCAGUACAACCGGAACGCCGCCAGGUCCGCAGUGGCGCAGAGCCGUACAAGCCUGGUAUGACGAGGUCGCAUCCUUCAGCAGGAACAACGUCAACAAUUACCGAUUCAGUGCAGCAACUGGCCAUUACUCACAAGUUGUAUGGGCUGUCACACGCUACAUUGGGUGUGGCUACACAGCAUUUACUGAACCAGGUGGUUGGACUUCACAGCUGUACGUGUGCAACUAUGGACCAGCAGGGAAUUUCAUUGGCCAAUCUGUGUACAUCACUGGACAAAGCUGCUCCAGAUGUGCCAAUGGCUGUCAUAGCACUUACACUUCACUUUGUGCUUAGUAGUUAUAGUUUGUUCAAGCCUAGCUACAAUAUCUGUGUUAUAACAGUACUCUGUCUGGCACACCCAACUACUGUCAGCUGACAGUGGAUGUCAAAUAACAAGUGAUGGUGGUGGUGAAUGUUACAAAACAAUUCAAAUUUGUUUCUGAAAUUGUCAGUUAUUAUUCUUGUAUUGUUACUGGUAUUACUGAUUUGUAUUCUAAUCAGCAUUUGUACUCUACAUGCCUUAAACUGUUAACACCUAAA